GAAGAGUGCGCGUGCUUGUUAAUAUAAUAUUUAAUCGUACAGAUAAAUGUUAUUACGACUCGCUAAAUAUUUCUAAUGUUCUUCAGUUCAACUCUAACUUUUAUACAUAUAGUAAAUAUUAUCUAUAAAAUCAAUAAUAAAUAAAAUCUAAUUCAGAUGCAACAAGUUUACACUCGCGGACAAUCUGUGAAUGUGACUGAUGUCAGAAGUGAAAAACACUGUAAAUAAAUGGCAAUGAAAUUAAUCAUACAAAAUCCCCAAUGUGCAUUCCUAAAAUACACAAACAGGCAUCUUUGGGGCGUAGACGGGUUCUACACACACACAUGUAUGUGUGUGUAUGUCUGUUUGUGUGUAUGUGAGAAUGUGUGUGUGUGUGUGUGAGAGAGAGAGUGUGAGAAUGUGUGAGUGUGUGUGUAUGGUGUGUGUGUCUGUGUUUGUGUAUGUGUGUGUGAGAAUGUGUGUGUGUGUAUGGUGUUUUUUGUCUGUCUGUUUGUGUAUUUGUGUGUGUAUUGUGUGUGUGUCUGUUUGUGUGUGUGUGUGUGUGAGAGAGAGAGAGUGAGAAUGUGUGUGUAUGUGUGUGUAGUUGCAGCACAUCACCGCCAGGUGAUGACACAACACUAAAAUUGUAGCCACAUCCUGCGCUGUUGAGUAACUAAAGAAAGUCAGUUUGUGCAAACCUGGAAUCUUCAUCCAGUGGGAUCGGAAUCACAAAAUAAUGUACAUUAAUAAAACUUAAUUGAUAUGUUAAUUGAUCACAUUUUUACCUCAGAACAUGAACACAAAGACAGAGUGUCUAAAAGGGAGCUAAGUGAGAAAAACACCACGUUUAGUCGUGUUCAGGGCGGGACGCUUGUUGUGACUACAUAUCCCAGAAUGCACCGCAGCAGGGCGAACCUUCAUAAACACCCUUAUUGUGGCGGCGCGGGUCUCCGGCUGCACACACAGUGUAACACAGUGCGCUGAUCGCUUCAGAAGACAUAAAUACGGAAUAAAACUCGGGAUAAAACAUCCUGCAGCUGCUGCGACGAGACAAAGUGUGUGAACGUGCAGCCCCGGAAGUGUGGUGUUUAUUCGCCCACAGCGCAGUGAGGAACCCGAGCGGUGUAACGUGGAGCAGGUCAUUUAUAAAGGGUUAAAAGUCCCGGCUUGGCUUCGGGAAUACAGACUGAUAUCUGUACAUUAAUGUCUGACUGAUGGGUCGCUGGUGUCCCGGUUAGCCUACAGGCUACUAACGUGUUGUCUGUGGCACGUCAGCUAGCAUCCGGCUAAGUAAAGUUAGCACCAGACGCUAGCUAGCAGUGUUUAUAUUAGUGUUUAUUGGUGUGUCCGUGUUUGUAUAUAGCGGUGUGUUGGUGUAACUCGCACUGGUAAAGAAGUGAUGUGAUAACUCGGUGUUGUUUAGUUAUCUGAGCCGAAUCUGGGGCAGAUCUGAGGAGGCUCACACUUGUGUUCGGACACUCAUGUAGGAGUUCUUGUUGAUCUAAAGGCCACUAAACGGUUCUGGGAGUCCAGUGAAUGUAAAGUGAGUGCGAUGGAGCUGAAGAUGAAAUAAGACUUUUAUUUCAUUCGUAACGAAAAAGCAACACAAAGACAAUCGGGCGGUUUUUCUCCUCAGUGCAGAUGUGAGGAGAAGAGCUGAAGGUUCUCAGGUCUGUCAGUCCACAGCCGAGGUUUGGAGGAAGAGCAGGACAUCUUCACCACCUUCAUCAUCUGUGUGUUUGUGUGUGUGUGUGUGAGAUGAUGGAGGGAGGAAAUGUGCAGAAGAUGAGUCCUUUACACCGAGAGCUCACUCGCACCUUCAGCAGCUACAACAAAAGCUCAGCGCUGCUGAAGAAGAACCUAAAGGAGACGAACAGCUUCUUCAGGGAGAUGAGACAGAACUACAGUAACGUGUGCACAUCUGGAGACCUCGAGCAGGGUCAACUGGGCUGUGUUUCCAUCCCCCAUCCUGAUGAGGAGUUUCUCCACGGCGUGGUGGGUAGCGCCCCCUGCAUCUUGGUCCUCGGACAAGACUGCCCCGCUCGCUACCAGCUCCUGAACUGUCUCCUGGGAGAGAAGCUCCUCCCCCUGGGCUCAGAACUGGGCGGAACCUGUGGACCAGGGGGCGGGGCCUGUAAAAGGAGGAAGUUGUGUUUCACUCACGGGCGUCAGACACGACUCAGCCUGGCUCUCCCAGGGCAGUACGAGCUGGUGCACCAGUUGGCAGCUAACUGUAGCCGCUGGGACACCGUCCCCCUGCAGGACCUGGAGAUCCAGGACGAGUGUGAAGAUCCGGCCCACCGACUGGCCGAGCUCGAGAUCACGCUGCAUCACUCGCUGCUACAGGAGACGAGGAUCAUGGUGGUGCCGUGUGAAGGCGUGCAGCCCUUUAAAGAGGCUCUUGAGGACUGCAUGCAUAACACAAUUCCCAUAAUUCUCUACGCUCUGAGUCAGGACUUCGUUACGCCGGAGCAGGCGGCUGAGCUCCUGAAGGUCCGUGACCUGCUUCCGUUUCCCAUGUGCUUCAUCCGGGUUCCGGGUGUUUCUGGGGUUGCUGCCUCUCAGGUGCAAUCGGGCACACUCCAGAAGCAGCUCUUAACCCUGGGCCUCCUACCAGAAGGACCAGGAAACUGUUCCUGCGGCGCUCCGUCCCAAACGCAGCCUGGCUUCUCCGGGAAACCUCACAGCGUCCUCGGAGAGAGUUUGGACCGCUUCCAUCGACUCCUCAUCCACUUCUCCAGGCAGGUGUUCACCAGUCAGCUGGUGGAGGCAGCAAACCGUCUGAACGCGCUCCACUGCAGCUACCUCGAUCUCUUCAUCAACCAGGCAUUUGACAUGCAGAGGGAUCUUCAGAUAACGCCCCGGAGGCUGGAGUACACCCGGGAGAAGGAGGCCGAGCUCUUCACCUCCCUCAUGGCCAUCGCCAACCGCAAACAGGAGGAGAUGAAGGAGAUGAUUGUGGACACACUGAGCACCAUGAAGGAGCAGCUACUGGAGGAUGCGGCCAACCUCGAGUUUACAGACAUCAUUGUGAGCUCUAACGGAGAUGCAGUGAGCAGUAAGGACAUUAAGUCAUGUAUUCAUCAGAUCCAGGAGCUGAUUGUUGUGCGUCUGAAUCAGGCUGUUGCUAAUAAACUCACCAGCUCUGUGGAUUACUUACGUGAGAGUUUUGUAGGAACGCUGGAACGCUGCCUGAACAGCCUCGAGAAAUCCAACAUGGACUCCCAUAAUAUCACCUCCAACCACCUCAAACAGAUUCUGAAUGCUGCCUAUCACGUGGAGGUGACGUUUCACUCUGGAUCAUCUGUUACACGUCUCUUCUGGGAGCAGAUCAAACGGAUAAUCCAGAGGUUGUCGUGGGUGAACCCUCCCUCCAUCACAGCGGAGUGGAAGAGGAAAGUGGCUCAAGACGCCAUCGAGAGUCUGAGUGCUGCCAAACUGGCCAAAAGCAUUUGCUCCCAGUUUCGCACCAGGCUCAACAGCUCUCAUGAUGCCUUUGCUGCCUCACUUAGACAGUUAGAGGAGGGUCAUACAGACCGUCUGGGUCGGACAGAGGAUCUGUGGGUGCGUGUGAGGAAAGAACAUGCCCCCCGUCUCGCACGCCUCUCGCUGGAGAGUCGCUCACUCAUUGAUACACUACUGUACGGGAAGCCGAAGCUGGGGCGCGAGUUGGGCAGGGGGCAAUAUGGAGUGGUGUAUUUGUGUGACAACUGGGGGGGCAAUAACCCCUGUGCCCUGAAGUCGGUGGUACCUCCUGAUGACAAACACUGGAAUGACCUAGCACUUGAGUUCCACUACACAAGGUCUUUACCUAAGCAUGAGCGGAUGGUGGAUCUUCACGGGUCUGUGAUUGAUCACACGUACGGUGGAGGUUCGAGCAUCGCAGUGCUGCUCAUCAUGGAGAGACUUUACCGAGACCUGUACACAGGCCUCAAGGCCGGACUUUCUCUGAAGGAGCGUCUGCAGAUUGCACUGGAUGUGGUUGAGGGGAUUCGCUUCCUGCACAGUCAGGGGCUCGUACACCGAGACAUUAAACUGAAAAAUGUGCUGCUGGACAAACAGAACAGAGCCAAAAUCACAGACCUCGGGUUCUGCAAACCUGAAGCCAUGAUGUCAGGCAGCAUCGUAGGAACUCCAAUACACAUGGCACCAGAACUGUUCACAGGAAAGUAUGAUCACUCAGUGGAUGUCUACGCUUUUGGGAUCUUGUUCUGGUAUUUGUGCAGCGGAUCUGUGAAACUACCUGAAGCUUUUGAGAAAUGUUCCAGUAAAGACCAACUGUGGACCAACGUCAAGAAAGGUUCUCGUCCUGAGCGUUUGUCUAGUUUUGAUGAAGAGUGCUGGCAGCUGAUGGAGGCGUGUUGGAAUGGAGACCCAUCUCAGAGACCGCUGCUGGGUAUCGUACAGCCGAGUCUGCAAAGCAUCAUGGGACGUCUGUGUGAAGGUGCUGACCAGAGACACGCCAGCCUGGAAGACUCCACCUAAAACACACACCUUAAAAUACACAUGCAUACAGUUUUAAAAACACACACACACACACACACACACACACACACACACACAGUGUGACACAUUCCCGGGAGAACACGUUCAACUGACGUUGAUGUAAAAAGAGAGAAGUGGUAUAUAAUUUGUUUUUGUAUUUUUGGGAGAUCUUGAUGAGUUGCGUGUGUGUGCACACAACCACACAAAACUGUCUUCUGUUAGGAAGCCAACACACUAUUUAUGAUCAGACGAUCUGAGCAACACAGUCUUAAAAUGUUUUUCUUUGUUUAAUGUAUAUUUAUAUAAAGUCAUAUUACACAAUGUUCUUUUCAUCAUGCAUGCUAAUUCUGCUUUGUUGUAGGAUUGUUACUAGAAUUUUUAAGAGUUGUGUGAUCAUAUUGCCAUAUUAUUAUAGAACAAGGAAAAAAGACUUUAAUUUUAGCUGGUGUUUAAACUUGCUAUCUGAACACGACUUUUUUUAAUAAAAAAUGUUUUGUCAAGCUC